UUAGUGAGCCGCGGAGGAGACUCUCUCUGUGUGUCUGUCUGAGCUUUCACACCGGGAGGCUGUAACCUGGUCGCCGCCGCACCGCGCGCUCUCAUUUACCACUCUAGUCGUAACGGCUCAAGCUCCCCUGUUGCACCAUGCUGACCGGUCUGUUCCGCAUGCACGGCCUCCUGGUGGCCUCCCACCCCUGGGAGGUCAUCGUUGGCACGGUCACCCUCACCAUCUGUAUGAUGUCCAUGAACAUGUUCACCGGCAACGACCAGAUCUGCGGCUGGAACUUCGACUGCCCAAAGACCGAGGAGCAAAUUCUGAGCAGUGACAUCAUCAUCCUGACCAUCACACGCUGCAUCGCCAUCGUCUACAUCUACAUCCAGUUCCAGAACUUGAGACAGCUCGGGUCUAAAUACAUUUUAGGCAUCGCUGGCCUUUUCACCAUAUUCUCCAGCUUUGUAUUCAGCACAGUGGUCAUUCACUUCCUUGAUAAAGAACUCACGGGCCUCAACGAGGCAUUGCCGUUCUUCCUGCUUCUCAUCGACCUCUCCAAAGCGUGCGCCCUCGCCAAGUUCGCCUUGAGCUCCAGCUCUCAGGAUGAAGUGAGGGACAAUAUUGCCCGUGGCAUGUCGGUCUUGGGACCUACUUUCACACUGGAUGCCCUGGUGGAGUGCUUAGUGAUCGGAGUGGGAACCAUGUCAGGUGUGCGGCAGUUGGAAAUCAUGUGCUGCUUCGGCUGCAUGUCUGUCUUGGCCAACUACUUUGUGUUCAUGACUUUCUUCCCGGCGUGUGUCUCACUGGUGCUGGAGUUGUCCCGCGAUAGUCAGGAGGGCCAUCCCAUCUGGCAGCUCAGCCACUUCUCCAGAGUCAUGGAGGAGGAGGACAACAAACCCAACCCCGUGACCCAGAGAGUCAAGAUGAUCAUGUCUCUGGGCCUGGUGAUGGUUCACGCCCACAGCCGCUGGAUCACCGAGCCUUUUUCCAUAAACACCACGGUGGGAGUCCCAGAGGUCGGCAUGGAGCUCGACUACCUCUCGCCGCGUAGGAUCGAGCCGGAGAGAACGUUGUGGCACUUCUACCUCACCAGGAUGCUUACCAUGGACAUAGAGCAGGUGAUCUGUCUGGCCUUGGCCCUGCUGCUGGCUAUCAAGUACAUCUUCUUUGAGCAGUCCGAGAUGGAGUCCACGCUGUCGCUGAAGAACCCCAUCACCAUGUCCGCCCCGGCCCUGACCCCCCGGCGGCCCACCGAGACCUGCUGCAGGAAAGAGCCGUGCCCUCCCCAAACCCUCGCUCCCACACCCGCCAAGAGCGCGGCUGUCCCGGCGACUUCCAUCGAGGCAGAGAGAGAUGAAGUCAUCCGGCCAUUGUCCACCCCGGCCGCCGAUCCACGGCCGAAGAGCUUUUUCCUGGAAGGGGACGAAGAGGAGGAGCUCAAGUCUGAGACAGAUCAGCCGAGCCUCCCCCCAAAGCCCAGAGACCUGGUCGCGUGUGUGGCCGUCCUCAACAACCCUGAGCUAGGGGCUCGUUUCCUGAGCGAUGCCGAGGUGAUGCAGCUCGUCAACUCCAAACACAUCCCCGCAUACAAUCUGGAGGCCAUCAUGGAGAAACCAGAGAGAGGCGUGGCCAUACGCAGACAGAUGAUAUCUACAAAACUUCCCUUCCCUACUGCGCUGUCCACCCUGCCAUACACCGACUACGACUACUCCAAGGUUAUGGGCACCUGCUGUGAGAAUGUGAUUGGCUACAUUCCUGUGCCAGUAGGCGUGGCCGGGCCGCUGCAUCUGGAUGGGAAGCAGUUCCAGGUUCCCUUGGCAACGACAGAGGGCUGCUUGGUUGCUAGCACCAACCGCGGAUGUCGAGCAAUCGCUCUGGGAGGCGGAGCCAACUGUCGCAUUCUGGCCGACAGCAUGACCCGAGGACCCGUAGUGAGACUGCCCUCUGCCUGCCAGGCUGCCGAGGUCAAGGGCUGGCUGGAGAGCACAGAUGGUUUUCAGGCCGUUAAAGAGGCUUUUGACAACACCAGCAGGUUUGCGCGGCUCCAGAAGCUACUGGUUGGUCUGGCUGGGAGACACCUCUACAUCCGCUUCCAUUCCAAGACUGGAGAUGCCAUGGGGAUGAAUAUGAUCUCCAAGGGUACGGAGCAGGCUCUGAGCCGACUGCAGCAGGAAUUCCCAGAGGUGCAGGUGGUGGCGGUCAGCGGGAACUUCUGCACCGACAAGAAACCGGCUGCCAUCAACUGGAUCGAAGGCCGGGGCAAGUCUGCCGUCUGUGAGGCCACCAUCCCCGCUAAAGUGGUCAGAGAGGUUUUAAAAACGUCGACAGCAGCUCUGGUGGAGGUGAACAUCAGUAAGAACCUAGUGGGCUCGGCAAUGGCGGGCAGCAUCGGUGGAUUCAACGCACACGCAGCCAAUCUGGUGGCCGCCAUCUACAUAGCCUGCGGACAGGAUCCGGCCCAGUCAGUGGGCAGCAGUAACUGCAUCACCCUGAUGGAGGCGUCCGGGCCAACAGGGGAAGACCUUUACAUCACCUGCACCAUGCCCUCCAUAGAGCUGGGCACCGUAGGAGGAGGCACCAGCCUGGCUCCCCAGCAAGCCUGCCUGCAGAUGCUGGGCGUGCAGGGAGCCUGUCAGGAAUGUCCCGGGGACAAUGCCCGGCAGCUGGCCAGAGUCGUCUGUGCCACUGUGCUGGCUGGAGAGCUCUCCCUGAUGUCUGCGCUGGCUGCCGGCCACCUGGUCAAGAGUCACAUGAUACACAACAGAUCCAAGGUGAACCUCCAGGAGGCUCCAGGAACGUGCACCAAGAAGGCCUCCUGAGGGUCCAAGGGGAGCCCGUCUUCCUGAGGUCCCGAGGGGAGCCCGACCUUCUUCCGUGAUCAUGGGUUACCUGACGUAGCAGUAUGGACAAUGUGAAAGGGACUAAUAAUCAUUCAUCAAGACAGCAGACCUUAGGCGUCUUCCAAGUGCUAAGACGCUGGAUAUGAAAAGAGUAGAUACAUUUUUACGGGGCUCCAAGCAGAGCAGUUAAUUACUACAGUCUUUUAUUUCCACAUGCGGUCAGGUUUCCUUUUGGGGGUGGGGGUGGAAUGGACAAUUUGGGUUCAAAUAAAAUAUUUCCGCUAUCCUGUUGCCAAAUGCAGCAUUGCCAACAGAGAUGCAAUCGAAUGCUGCCUACCACGGACUCUUCAUCAUUGCAUGUCUUCAUCGGGGGGGGGGGUUGCGAUACUAACGCGUCGUGUCCUAGUUGUGAGUCCGAGGGUUCAACAAUAGAGAGACAGGACAGAUUUGCCACUAAAGAGUUGACGUAAUGAAUAUAUGAAUGAUUGAUUGUCUUGAUCCAAGAAUCACUUUAAAGCUGAGACUGCAAGCCUGUCCUAAAAGUGCUGAGUUCAUCUCCUGCAAAGGGGAGCACAAAAUCAGGGCUUGUGUAUCCUUCAAAAAUAAGGAGGGAGAAUGAAUAAAUCAUGUACAACUAAGGGGACCAUGGGAAAAAGUGUUUAGCCUGUUCAUGUUGGGAUUAUACUGUAGAAUCAUCAUAAAGGAACAAAACCAGUGGAUCAACUAUAUUUCCAUAACCCUAAAAAAUUACUUUGAAUAACAGUGCGGAUAUGCGUGUGUUUGUGUCCAUCACAAUGUCUGCUUGCAGUCAAGUUAUGUCGUCGCUGUGCGGUGAUGCACACAGUCCGCAUCUAAAAGUAAAUUACGCCUGAGUCAGCUGGUCCAUUCAUUCCAACAGGAAUGGGAAACCUGAGGGGAAGGGGGUUUGUCGAAAAAAUUAAAAACUGUUGCAUCGGGUUGAGCAUAAAACCGUAUAGACCUAUGCACACGUGGGGCCACACAUAAAGUAAGCAUGAAAUGCUAUCUUCCUCUGAGCAUGAAAUGUUAAGAUGAAGCGGUUUCUUUCUGUGGAAUUGGCUAACUAUUAACCGCUCUGUGAAAGUUCGACUGCACAUUUAGCGGACAUUGCUACCAUGGUAGCUGCAGAACAUAUGGAGAGCAUUGCACACAGAGCAUCUUAAAAUAAAAUAAAAUCUUCAAAGCGGCGAAAAAUGUUUAAAGUUAGCGUGUCUCUAUGGUCCUCGCUUUGAACACAAGGGGGCGACCUCCAUACAAAUACCGCGGGCCGAUCUACAAACGAGGAGUUGGUGGGUGUGUUUGACGCUUCAAAAUGCAAUGUGGGUGAUGUGAAGUCAGUGAUGGUGAGUCUUCCUUUUGUACCAGCAGAUAGAAAAUAUGUUGGAUAUAUAUUUUAUAAUAAACAUAGACUUUGCAACAA